AUGGUAAUCGAUCAAGUCCGCGUUUCUACGCGGCACACGCUUAACUGUGCCAAUGAUGCGACAGUCGCCACGCUCGAGUCCCCUUUCAGCUUAGGGCCGAUGGACUAUGCUGUGCCCGCCAGGUUGACUAUCGAAGCCAUCCUCGUCUAUAGAAAGCCAGCGACGCUACCGGACGAUAACUUCCUUCCGAUUGAACGGUUGAAGGUGGCUGUGUCCCACCUCCUAGACUAUUACCCACAUUUGACUGGCCGUCUGCAGCAGAAUGCAGUCAGUCAAGCUCCAGAAAUCGGUAGUCUAGGCACUGGCGUUGAGCUUUGGGGGGCAGAAUGCCCCAGAAGGCUCAGAAACAUCGCCGCGUCUGCUCUUUCCGCCCGUAUUUUGGUGAUCAAACUGCCAGAGUCUGGGAAUGCGCUUCUACCCAUUUUCCAUGCGACAAUGGGAGCAGUCUCCCACAAUCCCCUCUUCGCCAUCCAGCACACCCGGUUUGGCUGUGGAGGCGUCGCAUUAGGCAUUCGAGUUCAUCACCUGGUCUGCGAUGCAACUGGGUUUAUGCAGCUAGUGCGUGAUCUCGCUGAUAUCUACAAACAAUUGCGCGACUCUUCUCCCCCAACACUCAUCUCUCCCCCUGAGAUUAUCUCACACUUUCGAGGAACAAAUAGUCCAUCAGUGAACCAGGAGGAGAGAGCCAUUGCGUUCAAACCUCCAGACUUUUACCUCGACAUAAGGACCACGGACAUGCAUGAAGCUUUAGCCCCUCCGACUGUCAUCACUUGCCCUCUGCGCUUUCAAGGUCGAGAUCUGAUUUCACUCAAGAAUGCUGCAACUGAUCCCAACACCCAGGGACAGACCUCGUUCACCACCUUCGAGGUCGUCUCAGCUUAUCUUUACCAACGAAUUUACCAAGCCAGAAUUCGCAUUCUGCGUGACGAGGGAAUCACACCAGAUGUAGACUCGUUACAGUCACUACGUGGCUUUUGGACAACCAUGGACAUGCGCGACUCCAACCGUCUGAAACUCCCCGCACGCUACUUUCCGAACGCCGUCCACUGUCCCUCAACUUCCACCUCGCACGAAUUACUCGAAGGGGGCGCACUCUGGCAGGUUACACAGGUUGUUCAUGAUGCAAUUCACUCGGUUGACAUGGACGGGGUCAAGCGGCAGUUUGAAUGGAUUGCCGCACAGCCCAACAAAAGCCAUGUCAAGUCCAAGAACGUGGUGCCAAAUGGUAGCUUCCUUGCUACCCAGUGGACUAGGGGUAGGACGUACGUUGGGGUUGAUUUUGAAGUCGCCGCUAAUGGCAGGCGUAUUGCCCCCGAUCUGGUAUCGCCGGCUUUCAGCGAAAGCCAUCGAGUGGAUGGUUACGCAAUUAUCAUGUCGACCGAGGAGCAGUUGCCUCGACGCCAGAUUAACGGACGCUCUUUGACUGGUCCCAAUCUCCCAUGUGCUGUUGAUGUUAAUUUGUCUCUGGACAGCUCGGUAUGGGAUGUCCUUAACAGUGACCCCGACUUCUUGGCUCUCCACUCCUAA